UGCCGCCGCUCCUGCUCGCGCCGGCGCUGCACGGGAGUCAGCCCGCCGCCGCCGCCUGCUUUGUGCUUCCCACAGAAAAUGGGAGCGACCUCUUCCUGAUCGGGAGCUGUUUAAAAGGAGGGAGUGCGCCGUAUUUCCUACUAGCGUGGAGGAACGGAGGAAGAAUCCAUUCACACUCCCCAAACCAGGUUGUGACAGUUGGAAGUGUCACGUACAACAUGCGGCGAUUAAGUCUUUCACCCACCUUUUCAAUGGGAUUUCAUCUGUUAGUUAUUGUGACUCUCUUAUUUUCCCAUGUGGACCAUGUAAUUGCUGAGACAGAAAUGGAAGGAGAAGGAAAUGAAACUGGUGAAUGUACUGGAUCAUAUUACUGUAAGAAAGGGGUGAUUUUGCCCAUUUGGGAACCCCAAGACCCUUCUUUUGGGGACAAAAUUGCUAGAGCUACUGUGUAUUUUGUGGCCAUGGUCUACAUGUUUCUUGGAGUCUCUAUCAUAGCUGAUCGGUUCAUGUCCUCUAUAGAAGUCAUCACAUCUCAAGAAAAAGAAAUAACCAUAAAGAAACCCAAUGGAGAGACCACCAAGACAACUGUGAGGAUCUGGAAUGAGACAGUUUCUAACCUGACCUUGAUGGCCCUGGGAUCUUCUGCUCCUGAGAUUCUCCUUUCAGUAAUUGAAGUCUGCGGCCAUAACUUCACUGCAGGAGACCUCGGUCCUAGCACCAUCGUGGGAAGUGCUGCAUUCAAUAUGUUCAUCAUUAUUGCACUCUGUGUUUAUGUGGUCCCUGACGGAGAGACAAGGAAGAUUAAGCAUUUGCGUGUGUUCUUUGUGACGGCAGCCUGGAGCAUCUUUGCCUACACCUGGCUUUAUAUUAUUUUGUCUGUCAUAUCUCCUGGCGUUGUGGAGGUCUGGGAAGGUUUGCUUACUUUCUUCUUCUUUCCCAUCUGUGUUGUGUUCGCUUGGGUAGCGGAUAGGAGACUUCUGUUUUACAAGUAUGUCUACAAGAGGUAUCGAGCUGGCAAGCAGAGGGGGAUGAUUAUUGAACAUGAAGGAGACAGGCCAUCUUCUAAGACUGAAAUUGAAAUGGAUGGGAAAGUGGUCAAUUCUCAUGUUGAAAAUUUCUUAGAUGGUGCUCUGGUUCUGGAGGUGGAUGAGAGGGACCAAGAUGAUGAAGAAGCUAGGCGAGAAAUGGCUAGGAUUCUGAAGGAACUUAAGCAGAAGCAUCCAGAUAAAGAAAUAGAGCAAUUAAUAGAAUUAGCUAACUACCAAGUCCUAAGUCAGCAGCAAAAAAGUAGAGCAUUUUAUCGCAUUCAAGCUACUCGCCUCAUGACUGGAGCUGGCAACAUUUUAAAGAGGCAUGCGGCCGACCAAGCAAGGAAGGCUGUCAGCAUGCAUGAGGUCAACACUGAAGUGACUGAAAAUGACCCCGUUAGUAAGAUCUUCUUUGAACAAGGGACAUAUCAGUGUCUGGAGAACUGUGGUACUGUGGCCCUUACCAUUAUCCGCAGAGGUGGUGAUUUGACCAACACUGUGUUUGUUGACUUCAGAACAGAGGACGGCACAGCAAAUGCUGGGUCUGAUUAUGAAUUUACUGAAGGAACUGUGGUGUUUAAGCCUGGUGAGACCCAGAAGGAAAUCAGAGUGGGUAUCAUAGAUGAUGAUAUCUUUGAGGAGGAUGAAAAUUUCCUUGUGCAUCUCAGCAAUGUCAAAGUAUCUUCUGAAGCUUCAGAAGAUGGCAUACUGGAAGCCAAUCAUGUUUCUGCACUUGCUUGCCUCGGAUCUCCCUCCACUGCCACUGUAACUAUUUUUGAUGAUGACCACGCAGGCAUUUUUACUUUUGAGGAACCUGUGACUCAUGUGAGUGAGAGCAUUGGCAUCAUGGAGGUGAAAGUAUUGAGAACAUCUGGAGCUCGAGGAAAUGUUAUCAUUCCAUAUAAAACCAUCGAAGGGACUGCCAGAGGUGGAGGGGAGGAUUUUGAGGACACUUGUGGAGAGCUCGAAUUCCAGAAUGAUGAAAUUGUCAAAACAAUAUCAGUCAAGGUAAUUGAUGAUGAGGAGUAUGAGAAAAACAAGACCUUCUUCCUUGAGAUUGGAGAGCCCCGCCUGGUGGAGAUGAGUGAGAAGAAAGCCCUGUUAUUGAAUGAGCUUGGUGGCUUCACAAUAACAGGCCAACCUGUCUUCAGGAAGGUUCAUGCUAGAGAACAUCCGAUUCUCUCUACUGUAAUCACCAUUGCAGAUGAAUAUGAUGACAAGCAGCCACUGACCAGCAAAGAGGAAGAGGAGAGGCGCAUUGCAGAAAUGGGGCGCCCCAUCCUGGGAGAGCACACCAAGUUGGAAGUGAUCAUCGAAGAAUCCUAUGAAUUCAAGAGUACUGUGGACAAACUCAUUAAGAAGACAAACCUGGCCCUUGUGGUUGGGACAAACAGCUGGAGAGAACAGUUCAUUGAAGCUAUCACUGUCAGUGCUGGGGAAGAUGAUGACGACGAUGAAUGUGGGGAAGAGAAGCUGCCCUCCUGUUUCGAUUACGUGAUGCACUUUCUGACUGUGUUCUGGAAGGUCCUCUUUGCCUUCGUCCCCCCUACUGAAUACUGGAAUGGCUGGGCAUGUUUCAUUGUCUCCAUCCUCAUGAUUGGCCUACUGACAGCAUUCAUUGGAGACCUGGCUUCCCACUUUGGCUGCACCAUUGGCCUGAAAGAUUCUGUGACUGCAGUCGUGUUCGUCGCACUUGGAACAUCAGUGCCAGACACAUUUGCCAGCAAAGUGGCAGCCACCCAGGACCAGUAUGCAGACGCCUCCAUAGGUAACGUCACGGGCAGCAACGCGGUGAACGUCUUCCUGGGAAUCGGUGUGGCCUGGUCCAUCGCUGCCAUCUACCACGCAGCCAACGGGGAACAGUUCAAAGUGUCCCCUGGCACACUAGCUUUCUCUGUCACUCUCUUCACCAUUUUUGCUUUCAUCAAUGUGGGGGUGCUGCUGUAUCGGCGGAGGCCAGAAAUCGGAGGUGAGCUGGGUGGGCCCCGGACUGCCAAGCUCCUCACAUCCUGCCUCUUUGUGCUCCUAUGGCUCUUGUACAUUUUCUUCUCCUCCCUGGAGGCCUACUGCCACAUAAAAGGCUUCUAAAGGAACUAUCAGAUAUAGUAAAUUUAUAUAUAUACAUAUAUAUACAUAAAAAUUAUGUAUAACGGACAGAGGAAACUGACGUUUGUCAUGUUCACUUACCUGCUGAUGGAAUCCAGCUUCAAGAGCAUAUACUCUGUACUAGGGCCGAAGUAAAAAACCAUCACCUCCCAUUCCCAGGGGCAUCAUCAUGUUCAACAAGGCACGGAGGCAGGGCCAUCUUUGCAGCUCAGUCUAGAAGGGCUGCACUCUCUCCAGGUUCAUAAAUCCUUAAGGCUUCGAUUUGUUUUCUUGUUUUUGAUUUUGUUUUCAAUGGGGCUGGGGAGGUAGUUAAUGUUUGGCUUUAUUUCUGUUAUUUUGUUUUGUUUUGUUGGGAGGGUCAGGGUUGUUGCUUUUCUUUGUGGAAAGUGAAACUAUCCAAAUGUAAAUGGGUUUUGGUAAAAAUUUAAAUCAUUACUAUUUCCCCUCACCUCCUCCAAUCACUUUAAAACUUAUUUUGGAUUAAGAAAAAAUCUGGGCAUGGAAGAAGAAAGGAGCAUGUCUUCAUUGUAUUACCAAAGUUCAUGCUUGUCUCCGGAAUGUGAGCAGAGGUGAAGCUGCCUCCAAGAAGAAGCAUAAGAGUGGAAUGGAGCCAGGAAAUCCAAUGGUUCUAGAUAUAGUCUGAUAUUUAAACAUGUGAUACCUGGCAGUCUCGUUUAACAGGUACAAGGAAAACGUGCCUAGAUUCCCAGGAACACACAAAAUCCUUUCUUUAUCUCUUUAGCUCUGGACUAUGAUUAGCAAGGUCCUUCUUCCAGCAUUCAGCCCAGCUAAGCCCCCAGGUGCCCCAUCCCAACCCUGUUCCUCCUGUCCACCUGCCAUCCCCUAUGCAAACAGUAAGAAUAACCCCAUUCAAAAAGCACAUCAUCGUUUUCCAUUUGCAUUAACAUGUGUCUCAGUCCCAUGUUGCCAUUGCUUGGGAUUGUCUGUCCGUUUUAUUUUCAAAGGCAUCCAUGGCUUGCACAAUCCUGUUCCAGUCAUGACUGAACAUUUGCUCCUUCUUCAUGUGCCUGUUCGGAAAUGUUGUUGUGAUACCUGUUACCCAGUGCAUGGUGAAAAACAAAUAAAACAAAACAAAGAGUAUCUGUAUAUAGUAGAGUAUAGUACAUACUGUUCUCCCAUUUGGCAAUGUUGAUUGGACAUUGAAGACAUAGUGAGUUUUCUUUUCACCUAAGUUGUUACUUUUGUGUUGUUAUUGAGUUGGAUUAAUUACUAGGGAUAAAAGGAGAAAAUGGCUUAUUGUUCAUGGUUCUGCACAUUCAUUUCUAAGAAGCAAUAACUGUCAUGUGGGGAGAAGUUAAAGUUAUUGAGAGGAUAGCAGGCAAACUACAAAGAUCUUCAUGGAAAAUUAGCCAUGUGGAACACAUCAGAGGCCUCUAAAAAUCACCCAUUAAUUCAGGAAGGCCAAUGAGAAAGGCCUUAUAAAGAGACGUUGAUAUGUUGGAUGUGCCUAGGCUUUCAGAGCCACCCUUUCCACAACACCCCUCCCUGAAAAGUAUUUAUUUCACAUCUGCACUGUCUGGCACAGAUGGUAGAUAGUGCUGGUUUGUUCAUUUUAUUUUUUUACGUAAAAGGCUAUUUUGAGCCCUGUUUCUUUCACUGUCCAGUCUAGUCCCCUUUGAUUAUAUCAGUAGUUCCUGAGUAAGAAAGAAGCCAGGGUGACCAAUGGGCCUUUAAAAGUGUGUCUCCUCUACUUAUGCUGAAAGAGAAGGCAAUUAAAUAAGACUAGUACCUCCCAGGAGGAUUGGACUGGGAUGUUUUUUUACCCUUUAGAAAGAAUAGCUGUUUCUAUGUUAAAAUACCAAAGAACAUGGAUAAACCCAACAUUCCAAAGUAGUGAGUCCACUAAUGAGAAAAAAAAUAGAAUGACUUUGGUCACCUCUCGGAGACUUCUGUGUCUAUAAGGAAUCCCAGGCAGGAGACAUCCCUAGCCCUCUGUAUUGAUUCAAAAAUACUUAAUAAAUUAAAGCUGUUGAGACUUAUUUUUUCUUCUGUCACUCAGUAACCAUGAUCCUUCAUCAUUUAAUAAAUAUUUGGUGACUGAAUGAGUAAUUAAAUGCUGGUUACCCACUUAAUGUGCCAGAUAGUAUGAUACUUUCUGGGGACUAAGCCAUGAACAAAACAGUCUAGAUCCCCGCCCUCAGAAGGGUUACAGUUUAUGUGAUUACUAUUUUCAUGAGUAAAAGUGAAGAAAGCCAUAUGGAAAGAUUUUUAUCUUGCAAGAAAAAAACAAUUACGAAACUCUUUUAACAUAAAAACACUGAAACUGUAUCAAAGCAAUUGUCCAAAUUGUAUUUAUACCCAAGAUUUUCUUUAACUAAGAGAGCAUAAAGCGUAUGUUUGGAAAACCACCCUCUUUAUCUUUGACCAACUUGCAGAUAAAUAUAUCUCUCCAUUUUAAACCAAGAAGGGCAAUCAUGUUGGUGAUCCAGAUCACUGAGAAAGCCCAGUGUAUCCCAUCUUUUAUCUUUGUUGGCAAUAGAACUUUUCUAUGGCCCACACUUUAUAAUUCUUUGUCAUUCUAACCCAUCUUUCCCAUCCUUUUUUUGUUUUGUUUUGAGAAUUGCUAAAUGGAAAGCUAGCCUAGAAGCACCAAGUAAAUAUAUUCAAGGAAUAUAAGUUGUUUAAACAUUAGAAAAAUUUUUGCACUCAUUUUUUAGCUGUAUUAGGAAUGUCAAUAAUCCUGUAGCAAAUUUUCACAGAGAACUUUAAGAAAUUCUUGCAUUGGUCAAUUUCAAUUUGAAAGCUUUUUGUUUUGUUUGCUUUUUAAAUUUUCAUGUUCUAGGAAACUAUGAUUCUGGUUGUUCAGGAUUGUUAUUAUUAUAGUUGUGUAAAAUUAUUUUAUUUUGUGUGUAUUGUGCACAGCUUGGGGGGGGGCGGGAAAUGCACUAAUUGUGCUCUUCCUUAUAAAUGGUACAUAUUACUGACACAGACAAAUAAAGUUUCUAAUUGUUUCUGAUUUAAUCACUAGUGAUACAGCAUAUUCUGUAUGAAAUGUUUUCUCUUUUCUCAUUGUCAUCUACUUCAUUUUUUGUUUUCAUGUUUUGAAGAAAUAAAAACCAAAAUGGUAUUAUUGUGCAACUGGUAUCAUCAUCCAAAGAAAAAAAGCAGACACCAAGUAUUCAAACUCUUGCAAACAUCAACCCUUCGGUCCUGCAAUGUUCUCUUUUUAAUGUCCCAAGAGAACACAGUGUCAGAAUAUUUGUCUGUCCUACAGUGCUGAGAUAUAUGUUGGACAUUCCUCCAUUUCACUGAUUUUUUUACAUUGCUUAGUAUGACUCUAUCUACAUCCUUUCCAGCAUCCAGGAUCAUGAGCCCAUAAACAGUUACAUGUCAGACAACUUUUUAGCAUGCAGAGUAUUACAUCAAAUCAGUCGAUCCCAAAAAAUUCCAAUCCCAAAAUUGAUGAUAGUACAGUUUCUUCCCAAGGGGAUGCUUAAGUAAAUUGCUCUUUUAGUUUCAUAUGUUAUAUUCCUCUUGGCUUGCAGAACUUCUGCCUUGCAUUAAUAAUUUCUGUCUAUAUGUUAUUGACUUCAUGUAUCAUAUAGUCAAAAGAGUAUAGAAGGAAGUGACGUCAGAAAUGGAAUAAGCAUUUGUGGGGAAAAAAAUGUGACCUCUAAGGUUUGUGUACUUAUUUGAAGUUGACAUAUUAGUGGACUUAGUUCUUACUAUAAUAGAAUCUGUCCACAUGUACAAGUAAAUGCUACUUUAUUCAUCUGAUCAUCUUUAAAAUUUUCUUUAGUAUUCCUCAUUAUAUUCUUAUAUGGUCAUAUGUGGUAUACUUUCAUGUAUGAAUGAAGGCAUUAUUUAAAUAUUUUAUUGUAUCAAACUGUCAAUAUGUCUCUUGAGUACCAGCCUUUGGUUUAACACAAAAUGAGCAGCCAACAUCUAUUUCUUUAAACAGCAAAAAGAUUAAUUCAGUGACCAGAGUUCCUUGACCAUCUAACAACCUUUCAGAAAAAUUCUGUGACCUGAUAAUUAUCAACUUCUUACAAGCAAAUUUUAAUGGGUUCAAAUUUUCUGAUUCCAUCCUUCAAGCAGUGAGGGUUUUAUAAAAUUUUGCUUUUUGUAGUUCAUAGCCUAAUAGCAGUAAUUUUUUGUUGCUUUUCAAACAUAAAAUUGUUACAAAAUAUUGUUUUAGAAACCCUGCAAAGAUUCUGAUGCAUGCCUUUCCCCUGUGGCCUCACUAUUAAUGAAAGCUCACCACUCACAUUGCAUUUUCCACAGGGGUCUUGAUUCAUUGGUGAUUCCACAGCAAAAGGUCCCUGAUCCUAAACUGUCAAAAUAAAGUGAGAAUGACGUACAUCUGAUAACUCUGUGGAAGCAAUUAGAAAAUUUUCUCUGGUAGAUGAUGAUGCCCUCCAUCCUCUAAUAGUGGCAGAACUUCGCCUACUCAAGAGUAUAAAUCAGCCCCUUUAAGACUUCUUUUAAUAUUUUUGGGCUCAGGGUAUGGAGUCUCUCUGUUGAUUCUGACUUUCUGACUAUGAUUUUGGGCAGUUGCAUCCAGAGCAAGUUCUGAGUGUAGUUUCAUAACUUCAGGAACGUUUGGCCAUUUUAUGAUUGACAACAUGUAAUAUUGGAUCUCACCUGACCUACAACUGGCAUUCAGCUUUUAUCAUUGUAAUCACUUCACUUGGCCAAGGCAGUUGGUAAAACUGAGCAAAGUUAAAUAUAAAUUCCAAUCAUUAAAUUGGUGAGUGCAUUAUGCGGAAGAUACAGAAUCCUGUUUCAGAAAAAGAAACAUGCUAUUAUAAGUGGAUUCCUUAGAUUCAGAUAUACCUGCGGAGUUUUGCUAAUAGAAUGCAGUUCUGCUAUUCCUUUUUACCAUUAUGUACUUGCCACUUCUAACCAUCUUGUUGUCUUCCCAUCAUGCAGUACAUUUCAAAAUGCUGGGUGGUCCUGAUGGUAUUACACCCACAAGGACAGCAUGGGAAGGGUAAACAAUUGAAAUAGAUAUUUCAUGUUGGGAGCUUAAUUAGGCCAUGAUUAAUCGUCUCUCAAAGCAGAGACUGUCUUAUCUAUAGAAGGAGCAAUCACUGAGAGGUGGAACUGCCAAGGGAAAUCUCUGCAGGUUUCCAGCCCACAAGAAAUGGUAAGUAUUUCACUUUCUUUGACGUUUUCCCUGCCUGUCAAGAUGUCCACAUGUACUCAGAGGCUGUCCACAUUUUCAUUUUUGUCAAAGGUUCUCUGAUUUGAUUUUGUAAGAAACAUUUAAAUCAGUUGUUAUGCAAAUUAUUGUUCAUUUUGUUCUAUUUUUAGGAAAGAGCAUUACUUUGUAACUUCAAAAAGCACUAUGACUUAGUAGUUAAAAUUAUGACCCAUAUUUUUUCAGGAAGACUUGCUUGCCCAAAAUUGUCUUGUCUAUCUGUUAUCAAUGCAGUCAUUCAUGGCUGCUUCAGUGGUUCACAUUUUUUAGAAUCAUGCUUCCCUAGCCUUUUUUCAAAGAGUUGGAGAGUUUUCCCCUUGGAAAUAGGUAAAAAAAAAAAAAAAAAAAAAAAAAAAAAAAAAAAAAAAAGUUUAAUAGUUUAAACUUUAAACACAAAGCAAAGGGAGAUGCUUUUAAAUGCCAAAUCUUUCCUUUCCCUUCCCUAAUUUCAGCCUUUGCAGUUCUUCGAUGGCUACUCCCAUUAUAUCCAACUACCCUUAGUGAUUGAUGCUCACUAUUACCUCUCAGCAAUAGGGAAAGGGCUUAUGAUAUAAAGUGAUUGCUCAAGACAUGUUUUUCUGAAAGUGAACUUAUCAUAGGAGAAAUCAAAUAUAAUGACAUUCCACCUAGAUAACAGUCACUAGGACAUAGUAUGGAAUCUUUAUAAAUGAGCAGGACAGAUUAUACCUACAGUUACACACUACAAUAGUGUUGUUUAUUUUAUACCUCUUGAAUCCUAUUUAUUAUGCUUCAGUGCCCAUCGACCUAGCCUUUUAUUCUAUCAAUAUAUGUAGGUGUGGAUUGGGAAUGAGAACCAACAUUCACAUCCCUGAUGCUCAUGAGAGUUUCUACAAAGGUGGAGUAUGUAAACAUAGAAAAACAUAAUAUAUAGCUUCCAUGCCUCUAAGAAAUAUGAGUGGGUCAAAUGCUUCUCUGUGGGUACUAUUUUUCUGCUAUGCAAAUGGUAGAAAAGUUCACAUUAAUAGCCAAACAGACCGAGAGAGAAAUUAGCUAACUUCACUGUUAAUCUGUCUACUUUGACAGUUAAUAUAUAGCCCAGCCCUCCUAAUUUGUUGACUGCAAAGACAGAUAUACCUAGUGAAAUCCAAAAAUGUACUGGGGGGCAGGGGCGAUAAAUUUACUAGAAUAAUUAUACAAACCUCCAUACUAAGAUUGCUUAUUCACCAAGAAGAAUCCUGCCCAGAGAUUUUCCGAGACAUUUCCUUGCAUUCCCAACCUUCUUUUAAUUUACACAACUUUUUAUUAGACCCCUUGAAGCCACAUAGUAAAACAAGAGAUGAAUUAUCUAAGGAGAACUUUUAGCCCUCCCUCUAACGUGAAGAUCAGAUACUUGACUCUAUUUCCCAUUCUUUCCAAAUGGAAAGAACAGUUCAAUUAAGUAACCAACUAUGUAACCACUUUUUGACAUAAUUCCACCUAAAAAACAAAGAGUGAACUAAAUUGUACCAACAUUAAACCUAACAGUGAAAUGAUCCAGAUGGCUAGUUUUGAGAAAAAUAAUAUUUUCUGUAGAUACCUUGCUCUCCCUUCCUGUACUCAUCCUAAUGCUCAAGUUUGAGAAAUACUCCAAGGAAGAAAUCUUGAAAGAUUGUACAUUCAAAUAAUGCUCAUGUAAUUGAGUAAUAUGGCAUUUGGGAUGAGAAUGUUCUGUGUUGUUGAUAAGAGCAUAUUUAAAAAUAAGAGAAUUGGCACAAAAAUGUGUUAACUAGGAUUUUUAUUACAAAUUGCCCUAAGAUAUUUGAAAGUUAUUAUAUUUAAGUGAAAUAAAUCCCAGUUUCCAGAAACAACAGUAUAAUUUAAAUUUAUAUUCUCAGGUUUUAUAUGAAAAUCAAAGUUGGGCAUACAUACCUUUUGGCUUUGGCAACCAAAGAAAAGCAUGUUUUUGGCACACGUUUCCAAAUUAUUGAGUUAUUUGUAGAAUACAUUGGACCUAUACAGGUAUCUCAUUAAAAUUACGUUCAAUAAUUUCCCUUUCUUCCUUUAGCCAUAAAGUUUCUAAAUUUUACAACUUGACAGUUUAGCAAUUUCAUUUAUGAAAGGCUGAUUCCAUUUUGAUGUUGAUUUUUACAUUUCAGAAUUUUUCAUAUGUAAAUAUUUGAUACAUUAGAUGGGAUACUGAGCUUGAGUCUGGCCCAAAUGAACCACAAGGCCCAGACUGAUCUGUCAGUAGUUAGAAGGCUUCUGAUACACUGGCUUUUUAAUGCACAGCAAAUCCUAGUGUUGUUUUCAAUAUACUUUCUUUUGACUAAAAGUUUCCAUUCCAACUGGUGAAAAAAUUUUUUAAAAGAUUUAUAACGAUAGUUAGAAAACUGUUUAUAUGAGGAUCAGACAUUGUUUCAGCACGAGUUCUUCUCUAUCCCCUCUCUCGCUACAGCAUACAGCCCAGAGACACACACGUAAAAGUAGGUGAUCUCUGUAAACUUCAGCUGCAUUUUUGUAUGUCUAGGAUUGUCCUAGUAUCAGAUAUCUUUUGAGAAAGAGUUGGAGAGGCAUGGAAGGAAGCAUAUUCCUGAUUUCCCUUUUUAGCUAAAGAUACAAAUUCAGAGCUGUUUGAAAAGGGCUUAGAAUAAUAUUAAUUAAACAUAUUCUGUAAUACAAAGAGAAGUACUUUUUUUAAAUCAAUUUAUUUUUCUUUCUUUUUUAGCAAGCAUUUCUGACAGAAAAUCUUUAGGGCCAAUUAGAGUUUCUUUCUGACUUUUAAUUGCCCUCUGCCUUUUGGGAAAGUGUUGAAAAAAGCUCUUGAAAAAAAUAUGCUGGUCAAGGUCAAACCCUGGGGGAUUAAAAACAUGAGAUUUUUAUAUUUUCCCUCCAAACAUAGCACUGAGCGGGCAGGUUCCCAUGCCUGUUGUUAAUCGGCAUUUUCUAAACAUGUGUUUUGGUGUGCUGGGAGCAGAGGAGUAGGAGGCCCACCCAGUCCCACCACACAUACCGGGACAUCUUUGACCACAGGGGUCCUCUGCCGUUCAUAGUUUAGCUUAGAUGUUCUUAACUGAACUAACUUCCAAUUUUCAUAUUCACUGAUCAUCUUGUCCCUAGCAUUUUCCCUCCAAGAUCCUGCUAACAGGCAAACUAGCCCUUUCUAACAGUUGGUACCUGAGAUUUCUCAGAGCACUUUUAUCAGAGUAAGGAGUGAGAUUGCAGAAGGGGCAGUAAUGUCAAUACCAAGUUAUUGGAAACUACUUAACCAGCCACUGCAUUACAUACUGGAGCCCAUCUAGGACACUUACCCUUGGAAAUAGUGGAAAGACUUUGUUUUAUUUCUAUUUCAUCAACAGAACUUUUGUAGCAUUGAAUCUAAGCAAACGAUAACAUCAUAUAAUGGAAAGUUAUUUUUAACUACAACUGUUAUUGUUAAAUUUAGAAGAAAAUAUUGUCUUUGAAGUUUCAGUCCAAAACUCUAAGGAGAGCAAGGCUUUUACUGCGAUCGGUAAUCCUGUGAGAAAUUUGACACUCCAGAUCUUAUUUGAGAUAGAUAAGUCUAUGAUAAAUAUAUGUAUGAGACUUAAAAUAUUCUUGAUAUUCUCAGGUUGUUCUCACAAAUUCUGCAUAGAUUUAGUUUUUUUUUUUAAUGAGAACCUUUCUUAUCAAAAAGGAUUGAAAAUAUUUCCAAUAACUGGUUGUUAAAUGAGUCUAGCACCCAAAGAAGCUGUGAGCAGUUGGUUCUAUCAGUGACUCUUCUAGGAGCUCUUUCCAGGUUGGUCUCGAACUCCUGACCUCAGGUGAUCCACCUGUCCCGGCUUCCCAAAGUGCUGGGAUUACAGGCAUGAGCCACUUCGCCCGCCCUGGUUGUUCUGACUCAAUCCCUAGACACAUUCUUCAGAAACAACUGUACAUGGUGAGAGAAAAGUCAAAAGGAAAAAAGUUUUCCUUCCUUAAAAAUAGACUAAAUUUGCUUAUCACCUUUAAAAUUUGGACGGAAUGUUUAAACUUUAAACACAAAGCAAAGGGAGAUGCUCUUAAAUGUCAAAUCUGAAGCAAAAGUUGCAUUUUUGCAAAGCUAUCCAGAAGACGUGUUAAUUAUUGAGACAUGGGAUUCAUUAACACGUCAGCGCCCAACCAUUGCCUCCCCUGCCCCAUUCACGUUAGUAUCGACAAUCAAAUAAGCAGCUGGGCAGGGGAAACCUAUCACUGUUAAUGUCAUAAUCACAUCACCACUGAAUUACCAGAUGUGGUCAGGAACUAGGCAAAGUAGGUGAGACCAAUCCCAGGACUGGGGCCAUACCACAACCUCAGCUUAGCCCCUUGUCGGAUACGGUUUAUGAAUUUAGAACAAUGCCAGAAGUAUUUUUUUUCUUUCAGCUGUGAACCAGCCUGUUUUGUUUGAUGAGCCUUUCCAGAUUCAUGCAAAUCAAUCACAUGCUUGUUGCCAGUCUGAGAGUGAACCUAUUAUCUCAAACUUGUUGCCAUGACCAAUUUUUACAAAACCGAAAGUAGCCCAGUGAGGUGGAUUGGACCUAGUGAUGAGGUGUCUACACUUGCAUCCUUUCCUUCCAAGAGAAUAUUCUGACACUGCAACUCUAGAAAUCAUGUCAUUAGUAAAAUGAAAAUAAUAAUUGCUUAAUCACUGUUUAGAAUUAGUUCAUACUUCUUCAGAGCUUGAAGCCUCCACUACUCAACAUCAGAUCCACGGAUAGUAUUAUUAUACCUUUUACCCAAAGACUGGAUUUAUUUUGUUAAAAAAAAAAAACAGAAUGGGUCAGGGUUCCUUUAAAGCAACUGACAAAGUAUUUAAUAACAUUUUAAAACAAUGAAGAAGAAAGGAUGAUUCUGCAGAGGCUGCUGGGUUACAGAGGAGGGCAGAGCUUUUGUCAGACUCUCUUGAUGUUUUGCUCUUCCUGGUAAGUUUUUAUCUGUCAUGGUUCCCAGUGGAAUAUUCCACAUACACAUUCUGUGGGAGGCUACUGACAUGGCUCUAGACUCUGCCUUUUAUUUUCUAAUUCUCCUUGGAGAAUUAGAACAGGCAUUCCAGAGCUUGUAAUAUAGAGGGAAAAAAGAAAAAAUGGCAGAUGCCUCAUUGAUGGAUCCAGAAGUUUUAUACAAAAGCACACACCAUUCUGAUUGUCUCUAUAUUAACAUUGUACUCACCAAACAGCUUUCUUAAGGUGACUGGAACAAGAUAAAUAUCAACUGGAUAAUUACCUAAGGAAAAAGAAUAAAAAAGAAAUCAAAGCAAAAAAUUGGUCAGUUUAGCAAAUGUGUCUUCCAGGAUCACAGGCUCAUAAACUAUACAGUCAAGAGAGUGAAACAAUUUUAAAAUCAAAAGUUAGAGCCUUUUAUAUUUCUUCAGAUAGACAAUUUCAUAAAUCAAGCAUUUAUUUUGUGCAAAGUAUUAUAUUAGGUACCCUAAGAUGGUAUAUAAAGAAUUCAAAACAGAGUAAUUUAAGAAAAUUAACACUGGUCCUUGAUUUAGUCAGGAAGAGUCCAAUUAUGGCAUUCUAAUUAAAUUAACCUUCCAUUUUGGUCUACAGACAUUUUAUCAAUUUGAGAUUGCUUAAUGGGGCCAUUUUGAAACCUAUCAAAAAACUUUCCUCUAAUACAAAUAUUAAUUUUCUUAAUUUCACAUUCUGUCUUCCACUAAUAAGAUAAACGGAUUCAGACCCAACACACACAUCCAGAGAUUACCAUGAGCCAAGACCUGUGUAAGUUUGAUAUACGGUCUUUUAUUCAACAUUUCAAGUUUGGAAAAUCUUAUGACAAAGAUCAUUUGCCUCACCAUUGCUGAAUUCUCUUACUAGGUGUUGAUGCUAAUUCAUCACUGGAUUUUCUUAACUCUGCCUGUUGCUCUUUUGGACUUUGAGGCAUGUGGUCCUAUUUCAGUGAGUUACAACUCCAGCCCUCAUCUUUUAACAGCAAACUAGAGAAGAUCUCACUCUUCAUCUCUGAGGACACAGUGUUCUCUUCAUUUUAACAUCAAAAAGUCACCAGAGAGAAGACCCAAAGGCUUUUCUCUUUGGAAAAGGAAUCUUUAAUUGUUUCAGAGGGUGAUGAAUCUUCGGCUCUCUAGACUUGAUUUUCCUCAUCAUUAAAUGGGAGGACUUUACCUUUGGCUUGAUUUUCCAGAACACAUCAAGCCCUGUAUGAUGAGUGUUUCCCUGUUAUCAUCCACUUAUGUGUAUAGGUUGAAGGUACUUUAAGUUGUGAACCAGCUGCUGCCCAUAUUGGGUCACCAAUGCACUUGUCAAGCCCAUAUAACCACAUGAAGUCUGAUAGAAAUAUAAACAUUUGUUUUGAAAUAAUUCCAUGUGCAUGGUUGGAAAAACAGUCUCCCUUCCCUGAAAGGAAUGAGUAAUUUCUCCCUUUUCAAGAAGUGUACAGUAGAAAAUGUAAUGAGAUUGGAAUGGAUUCCAAAUCAGUGACCUUUUUAAGGCUGAAACCACUAUUUUAAAUGAAAACUUUAAGUUCAUACAGUUUCUUAUAGUAAUUCUACUUUUAUUUUUUAGUCAUUUUGCUUAAUCUUUUAGGAAAAAAAACUAGCCAGUUAUUUUUUACUAAAGUAUGUGAAUUACAAACAGGAUGUGCAAUGACCAGGCAGAGAGAUAUUUAAAGGUAUAACUAUUCUAAAGGAAGAUGAGAAAAAAUUCAUCUGCUACAGAUUCAACUGUCUUUUAAAUGCCUCCCUUGUCAUGGAGUAAAUGACUACUCAAAAGGAUUUCACAAAAGACUUAAAUCUCACCCUUAGCAAUCAACCGGUCCGCCACAGCUCAAAUGCCUCAUUAGCAAAAUGAAAUUGCACAACAGACAAAACAUAGCAAGAGAAUGUAGACAUUUCCAUGGGGGGAAGAAAAGAAGAAAGAAAAAGCAACCAUAGUGAACUCUGCUUGCAUAAACAAAGAAUGUUUUAGUGGGAUAAAUGUAAGCUUUCUCUUGAAGGAAUCCCAGUUAGAAUGUCAUUGGAAACGGCAAAACUAUUUCAGCUUCAUAGCAGUAAUAUAUUCCAACUUUAUUACUACUGAGGCAGAAAGCUAAAUUUGUCAGGGGGAAAGGUAAGCAAAAAUUACUGACAUUGCAACAGAUAAAAUGAUCUUGUGAGACUCAAUAUUGAGAAAGAAAAUUAAAAUAGCUAAUAUUUCUGUUAUGAUUCCAGAGAUUACUAAGACUUCUGCCAAGGGAUAAAAUUAUUUUCCUUCUCUCAUUAUAAAUUUCUAUAUAGAGCUAUUUUAAUGCAGUAAUGAUUGUAUUUUCAUAUUUUAAUAAAUCCCUCACGUUGAAUUUGCCCCCCAUUUCAGAUUCGAUUAGGAAAUACUAAAUUGAGAAGGCAGGCUUUUCAGUCGUUUUAAAAACAAGUAUGCACCAUAAGCAUUUUCAGCUGAUGUCUGCCUUAAGCAAUCUUGGUAGAGCUGUCAAUCAGUGGCAAGUGCUUGUUUAAGGAAGAGAAACUGUGAAUAGAUUUAGCCUUUCUUCCUCACAGGCAGCUGCUCAUUCACACACGAUCAUCUCUUCUUCCUCAACUUCUUGCACCAAUCCCGCCUCUUGGAUUGACCCACAUCCACCUAGCAGUUGAACAAACUGCAGAUUCUAAUUACAUGUCCCGACAGCUUGCUCAACUUAAUUUUUCACCAACUGAAUUUCAUGCAUUGCCCCUUGAUGUUCCUUCCCUCUGUUCACUCUUUUAUAUAAGUCCUUGCAUUUGAUAUACUUUAAAAUGGAUUUGACUAGGGAAAAAAAAAAAAACCAAGUCAGCAAACGCUUGUGUUCAUUCAAGAAAUUGUGAACAAAUUUAGCUGUUAUGGUAAUAAUCCUGAGGUGAGAGAGAAAAUAUCACCUAUGUGACAAGAGAUCAUUUUAAAGCUAUUACUAAAAUAGUAUUCUAUGAAUAGAGGCCAUAGAAUUUUCUACAAAUAGACUUCUAGGGAUUCACAUUUUGAAUCAUAUUUUACUUAUAGGUUUGCUCUAUAUACUGAUAAACUUCUGAACCUAAAGAUUCUCUAUAAUUAAACUAGCACAAAUAAAAUCUGUCCCUUACCCACAUUAUAAGAAUGUCUGGUGGGGGAAAUCCAGUAUUGACCUUCACAUUCCACAUGGAAAAGCUUUGUCCCCAGAGUGCAAUUAGGGUGAUUAAAAAUAAGCGGCUUUGGUGAGUCUCAAGUUUGGUCCCCAAACAAGCAGCAUCAGCAACUGGAAAUUUGUUAGACAUGCAAAUUAUCCAGUCCCACCUAAGAGCUCAGCCCAGAUCUAUGAAUCAAAAAUUUUGGAGUGACCCUGGCAAUAUGUGCUUUAAUAAGCCCUUAGGAUGAUUCUGAUGCAUGCUCAAAUUUGAGAAUCAUUGAUCUAUGACACAGCAUUCUGAGUGGCCAAGAAUAAACAAUGUCACCCACUGUUUAAUUAUGCUUUCCCUUAAGAAAAGGUUUAAAUGCUUAAAAGGUAGGUUCUUUAUAGAGACAAUGAGUUCAGAUAUAUGGGAGAUAUGUCCACCAUUCAGACUUAAAAUAUAAUUUUAAGGGACAUUAAUCCUUAUGUCUUUUUCUGACAUAACUGAGCUUGAGGCAGGCUCUCCAAUCAGAGAGAUUUCUAAUCAGCUUUUCUAGUUCUUUUAAAACCCCACAGCUCAUCUACUUUGCCUGACUUCCCCGGGGCCUAGAAAAUGACCCUGGACAGCUUUCUCUAACUGAUUAGCUCUGGCUGACUUGCCUGAAUGCUAAACCACUGUGUAACAGUACUAAGUUAUGCUUAAUGACACAGUCUACUGUUUUCAAGAGUGCUGUGUAUGACUGACUGAGCUAAAAGGAUUGCUGUCUAUGAGUGAGUAUUAGUUUUAGAAUUCAUUUUCAAAGAUGCACAAGGCUCAAGAAGCUUGAAAACCACAGAUAAUGUAUACAGUAGCCGGAGUCUCCUGGAGGCUCCUUUCUAGGGUCUCUCAUUUGAAUUGGUGCAGAACCGAAGGAACUGAAGUAGAGAGUCAGAAAGUAACUUUGCUUAUAAAAAUGGCUUAGGAAAAGGAACUUAAGAUUGUGGGUUAUAUGUGUGUAUGUGCACACGCGUGUAUGUCUCCUUAAUUCUAACCUGAAAAUGUCACAUUUUUGGAUACUUAAAAUACUCAUAUGCAUUUUGAUACAGAAAAACAAUUCAAAGCAUGUAAAAGGAGGCUGGAAAUGUAAGCUUAAUAGUGACAUUCUGGAGAAAAAUGUUACAACUGUCACUCCAGGCUUCCCUUAGGAGAAACCAAACUUGUCAGAUAUUUUGGAAUGGUUGCUCUUUUUCAGGAAUUAGAAUAACUGAAGUAUGAUACUGUGUUCUGUGUGCUUUAAAAUCUGUGACCCUCCCCUGUUGCUGGUCAUAGCUUCAGCAUUUGAGUGUCCAUUGUCGCUGAGGGCAUUUUCUCAUUGGCUCUUUUCCCCAUUGUCCCAUUCCUCUCACACCUGAUUACCAAAUAGCUCCAACGAAAUCACAGUCACUCCUUCCUGUGUUUCCACCAUUGUGUACAUCUUCAUUUGCACAUCCUAUUUUUUAAUCAAAGUUAAAGCCUCACCAACAAGGUACUUCUUAGAACAAUCAUCCACUUCUGGCCACUUUGUGAUGGGAAAUACAUCUUUGCAGGGGAAGGAGCUGGAUCAGACUGACAGGGUUUCACUCAGACUAUUUCAAACAAUGCGAAGCCUUGACCUCAUUCCCGACUUUUGCUGUCCAUAGUGGUUGGUUUCUUGUUUUCUCUUUCUCUCUUUUUUUUUUAACAGAAACUCUUAAGCUCAAGGCUAAAUUAUAGUGGGGACUUGCCUUUGUCUACAGUCCAUGGUUUCUGUAUUGGCUCAAGUCUUGAAAUCUUGAAACAAGCCUAAAUAAAAAUUUUCUCUUAGCUUAAGAAAAAAAGUUACAUAUUGUCAAGACCCUUAUGUGUGUGGUGCAUUAAAAAGGUCUUGAUAUUAGAAGGUAACAGCAAAUUAUUUCUUAUCCCACAACAGCUUUGCCUUUCAGUGUCAUUUGUGGUGGUUUUCGUAGGUCAGUGGUACAAUUCAACACUCUUUCCAAUAAGCCAUAAUAAUAAUUGUUGGCACAACUGUUAUUACAACAGGACUUGCCUGAGUUCCAUCUAUUAAUUUUUAUAGACAGUAGGAAGCUCACACUGAGGAGACAUUGGUAGCUUCCUGGACAAGGGCAAAAGAAGGAACUAGCAUAUUGUACAUACUGUGUACGUGCACAGAACACUGGUCUGUGCCUCUGGGGUGUUCUCAGAGGGGCAGGCCGGAAGGGAGGAUUCAGGUAGGAAAUGAAUCUAGGACUUCUCUUGCCUUUGAUGGUUACUGAUGGCAAUUGUGUUUCCCACUGAAUAACUUGGUGGACAAUUUUGAUAGUAAACUGAACUCAUACCGAGCAAGUACAACAGUCAAUCCAUAAAGAAAAGGGUGGCAUAUCAUAAUGCCAGAAACCUUCUCUUCCUAACAGGUGAUCAUGAAUUUCCUACACAGGGCAAAAAAGGGAAGAAUAGCCUAUUCAUAUUCUGUAUUCACAGUUUGAAGGACCCAUCACAAAUUACCUUCAAAGACUGACAGGGGGCGGGUAGAAGGGAGGCAAAAAUGCAGAGAAAAAGAUGUUACCUUGAAAAAUGAAGUAAGAAAUCCUAAUAUUCUCGUAGUUGAUCCUAAAGUUUGUUCCCAUGUCUACAGUUAUUUUUAAAUAACUUCACUACACUUUGAAAUUCCUUAGUGGUGGUUUAUCAGUAAUACUUAAACUUUUCCAUUUCUAUUCUUUGCUGCCAAUGAAUGUAAUCUCCAUGACUUGCCAUUUGAGUGCACGCACAGACACACACACAUAAUGGUAUAUGCAUCAUAUAUUACUCAUUUUGUGGGAAACACAAUGUAUUAUAAUCAAAAAGAUUUCAGCACAUUCUUUCAGUGACAAAAUUUUGUGGGGGAAUGGAGGUACACAUACCCUCUUUGCUGACCAUAUUGUUGAAAUUAUUAUCUUAAGCAACACUGUUAGAAAUGCUUGCAUAAAAUAUCUUCUCUAGUAUUAAUAAAUUGAUUCACUUUGAAUUUAAGUUUCAAAAAAAUGCACUAAACAAAUAUUUUUAUAUCUGUGGUAUUUUCCUAUUAACUACUCUUAGUGAACACGUGACCAUAUACCUGAUAUCAUUAAAAAGGAACAUGGCCUAAACGAAAUGUUAAAAGUGGAGGUAUUUAUAAAGUCUUCUGCCAAAGACCAUUGUUUAAUGAUCUGUAAAAUGUAGAUUAUCUUCUUUUAUUAUGAAUGUGAUUGUAAGAAACACCCUAACAUUCUCUAUCUUUUGAAAAUGAAUAUUUUGUAUUUCUAAGGACCAAGGAAAAUAUUUUUUAAGCCAAUGUAGUACACAGAAGCCUUGUAAAUGAGAGGUACAAUGACUUGGAUCAACUGCAUAAUGCUAGAUUAGAAUUCCAAUAUUUGACGAUAAAUUUGUCAAUCUUUCCUAUAAUUCUUAUACUGCACUAAAUUACAUUUUGGAAAUUUCAGCUAAUCUUUUCAAAUUAAAGGCACCAACAUUAAUGACAGAUCUUGUCUAAUAUGAAAAGCAUCAAAACAUUCCCUUUCAAGAACUCUGAAUAGAUGAAAAUUGCCAUAUAAUUUUCCCACCUACCUAACCAUUCCAUGUAAGUUAACUCAGCGGUCUAACAAUGUUGUACAGAAGGUUGACAGACAUGUGCACCAAGAAUAUUUAAGUUGUGCAGUUAGCAAGAACUAGCCAUUUCAAAAUAUACUCAAAUGUUUUGUAAAUAAAAAUUUUGACUCCUAUAGUUUUGUUCAAACUGCUGUCUUUCAAAAUAAUUAGAUUUUAUUUGAAUUUUAAAAGUAAUCUGUUGUAAAUCAGAUGUUACUUUGUUGACUCUGUGAUUCAAUGUACACUCAGCCAUAUUCCUGUGGGGAAAUAUCAAUCUUACUGACUUUCAUGGCAUGAGCCAGAGAUUCAUAGUUUCCUUUAGGACUAUAAAGUAUGAAGACAAAACACACCAAAAUGAAAUGCUAGUGAAGAAAUUAGAAACCUAUUGUAUAAAAUGUAUUUUUAAAAUCUUAAGAUAUAUGUGAUUUACACUGCCUGUUAAUCUAGUCUCUUUGUGAUUAAAAAAAACACAUAAUAUUUGUUAAGACUCUGAAACACCAAAUAUUUGUGAUGUUUGUAUAGCACCAUUGUUAUAUGUGAUUUCAAAGGGUAAGCAUCUCCGUUGUAAUCACGUGAGCCCACAGAAGAAUAAAUUCCUGCUGUUAUGUACAACCAACUCUCAGAAUUCAGACUUCCUGCAGCUGCCGUAUCACCAAUAAAUGAGAAUUGUGAAAAACAAUUUUUAAAGAAUUGAGUUUAUGAUCACUGUGCAUUUUGUUAAUGAUUGCUUUCAGAGUUUUAUUUUUACCAGAAAUGCUCUCAAGCCAGUAAACACAACUGCUGAUUUCAACCAUACUAUCAUUUCAAUGGUUUAUAUAUUCUUGAUCUAACUACCCAAAACUGGAAGCUUGUUGCAAGGUGUGUCCUAACAAACAUACAAUAAAUGACUCUUCCUGCAUGCUGCCUGAGAUAUGUUGUAAUUCGAAAUGUCUUAUCAAAAAAUUAUAUAUGUUAUAACCCAAAGUUGAACUGGCAAUAUUUUUCAUGUGUAUAAUUGAUGGUAUGUUAAUAUCAAAAGCAGAAGCAUUGUUUGUCAUACAUAUAUGUUAUAUGUGAUGUUUAAUCUUGUUAAACUGUAAUGUGUGAAGUUUUCAUUGCCUGAACCAGUCAAUUCUGUAUAAAUCAUUAUCUUCAUUGUUUUCCUAAUCUUACCAUAUUUCCUAACACUGAAACAUAAAUGUUUGUCAAUUAGCCAUUCAUAUUGUAUUGAUCUUUAUAAACUUUAGUGUGACUCCAUUAAACUAACCUAAACAAAGGAAAAUCAAAGCUUUCCCUGUCAUAGGCUCAGGGACAUUUUACUUACAGCCAAAAUCAUUUAUUCAUUGAAUCAACAAGUAUUUAUCGAGUAUCUACUGUGAAUCAGGCUCUAUAUCAAAUUUUGGGAGAAUGCUUAAGAACCAGAGAAAUCAAAACCCCAUAUUCCCCAGUGAGAAUUUUUGAACUCUACCUAAAGUAUUCUUCUGUAACUUGCACUGAGUUAAGAAAUUAUUUUGUUUCUCCUAUGUUAUAACAAAGAUUGAAGUUAUCCACAAAAGAGUCUUAAAUUAAAAUAUGGCACAUUCAGUCCAGGGAAAUGCUGCUAUCACUCACCAAAGCAUUGAGUCUCAAAGUCCAGCUUUAAAAUAAGUUAAAAUAAAACUCAAUUUAAGAGAUUUGGCCGUAACUCUGGAAAUAACACUUCAAAGUCCCUCUCUUGAAAAUUGUAUAUUGUGUCUAUUUUAAAUCAUUAUUCUAAGGUUCUUUGCUGCACAUAAAAUGCAGCACCAGACCACACUUUUUCAAACGGUGCCCCAGCAGGUGGUCAAGGGUAUCUGUAAAAGAAGAGGAAAAUGGCUGAAAGGAUAAAUAUGUAUCUACAGAAUACCAUAGAGGGAAGAGGGAAAAACAUCCAGGAUGUUUUCUCAAUGACUCAUAUACUUACAUGUGCCAAACCUGUUAUCACUGUUUAAAAGUGUUUGUGCACACACACACUCACAGCCAGACUCACAUCUCCAAGCACAUUUCCGUUUUUCUUAUUCAAGGGGAUGCCCCCAUUGGCUUUCAAGGUGAAUUGUGGCCAUAACAAAGAUAAAUGAGUCUCAGAUUCACACAAGUCAAAAGCAGAUGACUAGCACCUGGAAAGACUGAAGCCCUGAGCUCCAAGGCAAUUCGAUAAUUUGAAAGAAGCAUGAAACCUUGUGGUUUCUGCCAUUACGGUACUCGGCGUAAUGAGAUUGAAAAGUGGUCUAGGCCUUGAUCUUGGUAUUGUAAGUUAAUUUUUGCAGCACUUAAAUAUUCCUCUGAACCUAUUGCAAACUAUUGUAACUUGCCAUUCUUACAAGUAUUCAUUAAUUCGUUCACUGUAAAUAUUUGCAAAACAAUGAAGGUGAGAUUACAUCUAUCCAUACAACCAUAUGUGUGCAAGACAGAGCAGUGUACAUCAAUGCUGGUUAAUAAAAUCAGAAAACUCUGGAUUUAAA